AUGGCCAUCCGCACGCUCUGCCUCGCACUGCUCAGCGCAUCUCUGGCUGAUGCUUUCCAGCGUCCGCAAUCAGCGGCGCGCGCGGUGCGCACGCCGCAGCUCGUCGAGCAGCAGGCGCUCCCCGCGACCAUCGUCGAGCCCCUCGCGGGCUACGCCGAGUUCUGGAACGGUCUGCUCUUCCGGCCGGCCAUCGAGGCGGGCCUCGUGCCCGAGUUCCUGCUGCACUGGGGCCACGGCCUCGCCAUGGGCACCGUCCUGUGCUCGAUGGGCGUCAUCGGCUCGUGGAUGGGGUGGCAGAUCCGCGGCGGCAACGGCGGCGAGAGCAACGCGCUGACGCUGGGCGAGACGAUCCGCGACACGCACCCAAAGAUCAUGGGCGGCGCGCUCUUCUUCUUCGCGCUCGGCGGCCAGGGCGGCCUCGUGCUCAACGCGGUCCAGGGCAACGCGGUCCUCGGGUCGACGCACGCGUCCACGGGCCUCGAGGCCCUCGGCCUCCUCGCCGUCGAGGCCGCGCUGCCCCUCGCCUUCGAGAAGGGCAAGCCCCUCCGCGACGCGCACGCGUACCUCGGGAGCGCGAUCAUGGUCCUGCUCUUCGCGCACAUGGCCGCGGGCAUCCAGCUCGGCAUGUCCUUCUAG